AUGACGACUAAGACCAUCCAUGGGAACUCGCAAUUCCAGAAGCCCUCCUCUCUACGUUGGACGUGGGAGUCACCCGGUGGAGGAUAUCGUAAUGAAAUAGACAACGUCAUCGUCAAGAAAAGGUUCUACUUGACGAACGUCGCUGUUGUGCCAAAGUUCUAUACGGGAUCGGACCAUCGCCUCCUCCGAGGAAGAUUUCCCUUCCCAAGGAGAGAAGAUAAAGCCGCCAAAUUCAGAGAGGAAAAUCCCAGAACUAUCAUUAACUGGGAUCUCUUCGCUACGCUAGCCUUCUUUUGGGAAGAUUCCGCAAUGGACAACAUCGACAAGGAGUAUGAUCGGCUCGCUGAACACCUUCACAACUGUGCGAAGAAGGCUGAGAGUUCUAAAACCACCAAGAGACGUCUGUCUCUUGAAACUCUCGAGCUGAUAUGUCAGUGUGGAGCAGCACGAGCUGCAGGGAACCAAGAACUCAAGCCCGUGCUUGCAGGGCUUUGCAGAGAGGCGAUAAAGGAAGACCUUAAAGAGAGAAGAGUAGAAGUGCUGGCUGAAAAGUUGCAGAGGCGGGGAAGAGCAUCCGCUAUGCACGUCGAGAUUUCGUCAGUCGCAGGACGAGGAUGA